AUGCUGGACCCGUCGUCCAGUGAAGAAGAAUCCGAUGAGAUCGUGGAAGAGGAGAGCAGUAAGGAAGUGCUGGCCCCAGCAGCCUCGGGGGCUCGGCUCUCUCCCAGCCGGACCAGUGAGAGCUCUGGGGGCGGCGGUGGCGGGAGCAGCGGCGGGCUGCAGCCCAGCAGCCGGAGCGGGAGCAGCGUCCGGCCUUCCAGCCCGAGCCCCUCCGUGGUGAGCGAGAAGGAGAAGGAAGAACUGGAAAGGCUGCAGAAGGAGGAAGAGGAGAGGAAGAAGAAGCUGCAGCUUUACGUCUUCGUCAUGAGGUGCAUCGCCUACCCCUUCAAUGCCAAGCAGCCCACCGAUAUGGCCCGGAGGCAACAAAAGGUAAAUAAACAGCAAUUGCAGACUGUCAAGGAUCGCUUUCAAGCCUUUCUCAAUGGAGAAACUCAGAUUGUUGCUGAUGAAGCCUUUAUGAAUGCUGUCCAGAGUUAUUAUGAGGUAUUUCUGAAAAGUGACCGUGUCGCCAGAAUGGUUCAGAGUGGUGGGUUCUCAGCUAAUGACUCCCGAGAAGUCUUCAAGAAACAUAUCGAAAAGAGGGUCCGUAGCCUCCCUGAGAUUGAUGGUCUCAGUAAGGAGACUGUCCUGAGUUCCUGGAUGGCAAAAUUUGAUGCAAUAUAUCGGGGGGAAGAAGACCCACGCAAAGCUCAAGCCAGAAUGACAGCAAGUGCUGCUUCAGAGCUGAUUCUCAGCAAGGAGCAGCUGUAUGAGAUGUUCCAGAACAUCUUGGGAAUCAAGAAAUUUGAACAUCAGCUUCUGUACAAUGCAUGUCAGGGUUUUCUUUCGUUUUUUUACCGCUACCAAAUUCCCCCGCGUUUUCAUGGGCUAGUGAACACAUUAGAAUUUGAGAACAUGUCAAGGACACUCUGGGGAGAAUGGCUGCUGGCAUUUGGCAUUGCCUUUUACAAAAUAGCUCCAGCGGUCUAUGUUGGUCUGAAGAUCACAGAAAGCAAGGAUUAA